GCCGCGCUGCGCCUCCGCCUCCCCUCCCCAAAGCGUCAAACACUUGACCUGCACUCCGACAGCGGCGGUGGCGUCCCAAUCCAGCCCACCCGCACCCACCCAAUGCGGCUGGCCGGCUGCUGCGAAGGAUCCGGCUGCUUCUAGUGAGUUCCCUUCGCUUCAUGGCUCUCAGAAUCGCGGUUCUGGUCUUCUCCGUCCCCCCUUCGGCCCCCUUACGGCUGCUCUGUGCUUGGGUUGAGAGACCAUGACAUGGAAUUUAGCAGUAGCAGAUUAUAUUUUAUAGCGCAAGGAGCAUUUGUGUAGCUGAAACUGAAAGAACUACCUUUAAUGGAGCUUGAAGCCACCCCUGAUGAUGAAGUAUUCAGCUCAAAUGAUGAGAUGCAGGAGUUGUGGCCUCUGGGAGAAGUAGACCCAAAGAAAGCAAGGUUUCCUUGUUGCAUUGUCUGGACUCCUCUCCCUGUAGUUUCUUGGCUGGCUCCCUACAUAGGGCAUGUGGGGAUUGCCCGGGAGGAUGGAACUGUCAUGGACUUUGCAGGUUCGAAUUUGGUGAGCGUCGAUGAUCUUGCUUAUGGUUCUGCGGCAAGAUGUCUUCAGCUUGAUAGGAAGAAGUGCUGCUUCCCUGCCAACCUCGCGGAGCACGUGUGCGCGAGGUCCCACGAGCACUCGGAGGCCGGGACGGCGAUCUCGUGGGACGACGCGCUGCGGUCGGGGGCGCGGCGCUUCGAGCACAAGUGCUACAACCUCUUCACCUGCAACAGCCACUCCUUCGUGGCCGACUGCCUGAACCGGCUCGCCUACGGCGGCUCCGUGGGGUGGAACGUGCUGAACCUGGCGGCGCUCGUCUGGCUGCGCGGCCGCUGGCUGGACCGGGCGGCGGCCGUCCGGUCGUUCCUCCCGUUCGCCGCCGUCUCCUGCGUCGGCGUCCUCAUGGCCGGCUGGUCGUUCCUCCUGGGCAUGGCCGCGUUCUCGCUGAUGCUCCUCGGCUGGUUCGUGCUCGGCGUCUACUGCUUGAAGGGCCUCGUCGGCUGAACCGACACCGGGAGAGAGUGGAGUUUUGAGCCUGUUUUGAUAAAUGGGGACCGGGAUUUAAAAAUAUACAGUAGUUUUCAAAAGCACUCUAGAACAAUCCUUCUCGUUCGAACAAGAUUUAUAUAUACAAACUAUAAAGUGUAGUGCUGAAAUGCGACCGACGGAGAUUUCAGA